CCUCUGGUCUGUAGGCAGAAGAGAUGGGAGGUCCAUGAUCUAUCACUACCUCUGGUCUGUAGGCAGAAGAGAUGGGAGGUCCAUGAUCUAUCACUACCUCUGGUCUGUAGGCAGAAGAGAUGGGAGGUCCAUGAUCUAUCACUACCUCUGGUCUGUAGGCAGAAGAGAUGGGAGGUCCAUGAUUACAUGACAGGACUGUACGAGGAGCUGAAGUCCUGGGUGCUGGUAUACUGGAGGAUCUGGGGAACCAUCAACCACCUCACCUGCUCCCACUGCCAACAGGUGUUUGUGUGUGCGGAGCUGUCCCACUGUCGGUAUCACCCAGAGGUUGUGUUGUACCCAGGCAUGGGGACAGAGCAGGGCUGGCACGGGACGGGCAUCUACCCCUGCUGCAACCAGAGGACGCUACGCUUUGACCCCACCGGCAUGCCCAAGGGCUGUAAGGUGCGGGACCACAUAGUGAAUGUGUCAGACAGUGGAGACUGUACUGGGGACCACCAGGUAAACUCAGCCCAGACCAGACUGCUCAACGACCUGCUACUACACAGAGAGACAGUGUGUGUACCCAACACACCCCUACCAGAGACAGGGCCUGUAGACUCCCCCUCCAGUGGUUCAGAGAGGGGGGAGCGGGUACUGGACUGUGACAUCCUGGUAGAGCCGGGGCUUCUGGGACUUCAGAGAGUAGAGGGUACCACCUUUUCCCUGUUGAAAAACUGGAGCCGGCAACUGAGGCAGCAGACGCUGCUGUCUGAGGAUGAGGAGUAUACCACGGGGUCAGAGGUCACUGAGGAUGAGGUGGGGGAUGAAGAGGAGGCCAGCAAGAAACAAGCUGCUAAGAAGGCCAAGAAGUUGAGCAAACCUUUGAAGAGGCAGAUGUCCUCACCCAAUUUCCAUCGCAAAGAGAAAGCAGUGGAGAAAACCCCUUCGAGGGACAACACUCCAUUCAGAGUGAGUGCCCAGAAGAGUAAAUGGGACAGCUCUCGCUCCAUUCGCUACAACCAAGACGCCCAAAGAGAGGAAGACCAGCGGCGUAUGGUGGAGAUCAUUGGUCACCUGACUAAGAUUAGAUUUGGAGAUCAGGAACAGAGGAAGUCCAAGGACACUAAAGACCGUGCAGCAGGGAUCUACUCCAGACUAGAGGCCCAGUUUAAGUCCUCCUCCCAGGCCAGGGGACGACAGAGUGGCCCUGAGAAAACCCUCAGAGUGAAGCCACGCUUCAGCCAAGCUCGAACCACAUAGAUAUUGGAAAGAGGAGGAGGGAAGGAGGAAGAAAAGAGGAGGAGGAGGGAAGGAGGAAGACAGGAGGGAGAAGAUGAAGAGGAGAAGGAGCAGGGAAGGAGUAAGACAAGAGGAGGAAGGAAAAGUGAGAGGAGGAGGAGAGAAAGAGAGCAGAGGAGGAAGAGGGAGGAAAUCAGUGGAGCAAACUGACCCAAAUGUGUACUGGCAACCUGGCAGCAGCUGACCCUCAACCCCAUCUUGCUCCAAUGUGCCCCUGUUAAAAAUGUGUGCCUGUAUUCAUAAAGAGUCUAAAAGUAGGAGUGCUGAUCUAGGAACAGUUUCUCUUAGAAUAUACUGAAUGGACAGGGGAGACCUGAUCCUAGAUCAGCCCUCCUCCUCUGAGACACUUGAUAAAUACAGGCCCUGGUCCUGCAUUGGUCGUCUUUAGUUCAGGAGGCCUGGUUUUGCCGUAGGCCUUUCUAGCCCACUUAGAACCCAGUCUAGAACCCAGUCCAGCCCGUCAGCCUGACUCAGGUGACUUUGUAUCGAUCACAUUUCCUCCUACCUCCCAUUAUUACAAUGCAAUAGGUCACCUAAACCUGUAUGCCAUAGAAUAUAAUAGACUUUAACAUAGAAGCUACCUUGUGGUGAGUAAUAGGAGUGGUGAGCAGUAGGUAGAUGAUGGUUUAAUGAAAUGCCCGCUGUUUCUAUAUCUGUCUGUGUUGGCCGUAUCGCACACUACUGGGCCUAAGAGGACAUGGGUGGACGGAGGCAGUCAGAAAUAAAAGUUACAUCCCCACCAUUUA